AUGUUUUUUUCAAUUUUCAUUGUCAUCGCCCUUAGCUUAAAUAGUCUUGGUCGAGCUGCUGAUAAUCCGCUCUCCCCGGAGCAAUACCGUGAUAUCAUUAAACAAGGCUUUUCAACGAACUGGUUCAAGUCUUGUGACCCGCUGUCGAAGUACAACGACACAAAUAUCGAUGAUAUUUUCAACAAAGGAUUUCGAAAUCUACGACUUCGGGCAAGGGCAGACCUAAUUUACGGAAUCGGUCCGAAACCGUGUAAUAGCAUGGAGUCGUUUCUACAGAAUUUAACAACUGUGGUCGAUAAGUGUCUCGAUGUCGGGAUCGUACCUAUUAUAUCGUGGAUCCACCAUGCAGACGAGAUAAACGCAACAGAAAAAGCGCGAGAAAAUUAUGUAUGGUGGUGGACUGAAGUGGCAACUCAACUGAGGGAAAAAGAUUAUCGUCUCAGUUUCAAUCUAUUUACUGAGCUGGGUAUCGAUGCGUCAUGUGGUGCUUGUGAAGAAAGUCUUCGACGAGACAACGACAAGUACAAUAAUUGGACACGGGACGUAAUUGCUGCAAUUCGAAAAACUGGAGGUAAAAAUACAGAACGUAUACUGAUCUUAGGAUCGCCAGGAAAGACCGCCAAAGACCUGCACAUUAUUGACAAAAACAUCUUUAACAACGAUGACUACCUGAUGGUAGAAUGGCACCUAUACGCCUCGGGACCCAACAAAAAUAGUCAAGGGAGCAAAAAAUACUGGAAAGAUAAUGGCAAAGUGUCAGGCCGGCAAAAUGUCAGGAUAGCCAUAGAAUACGCUACUAAUUUUACCAAAAAUACAAAUGUUUCAACCUACCUGGGGGCGUGGAUGCCAGCUGACAACGAAGGCGGUUCGUUGAGCGAAUACGAAGUUGUACAGUUUGGUAAAUAUUUUGCUAAGCAAUUGAAAAAAGAAAAAAUCCCUUGGUCGCUAAACGUCCUUGAUGUAUAUUACAACACGAAGGAAAGUGAAUGGAUUCAAGGAAAGCAAAAUAUAUCAGGUGCAAUGAUCGACAUGGCUAAAGUUUUGAACGCUAUAGCUAAAGUUAUGUAAAGCAAUACGUUGCUAACUGUGGCAGAAACCUGUAAAUGCCUUAUCACAUUGAUACUGUAAUCUGUUAGCCUUUAAUAACUAUUCCACCCAAGGACAUAUAGUAGGUUUGGUCAUACAAAUAAUUGUAGCUGUAAAUUGGAAAUUUUUGAUUAAAGUUUUU